UCCAACUCUCUCUCUCUCUCUCUCUCUCUCCUGAUAAAAGGCCAUUUUUCUUGCCAGCCCUUACACUCUCCACUGUACUAAACCAGUAGCACCAUCUAGCUGCACAAUCUUCUUUUCCUUUCUCACCCUCUGGGCCUUUCUCUCUCAUGCUCACAGGCACACACUCACACACAGCUGAAAUCUGCAAGUGCAAUGUCUUCAACCCAUAAAAACUAACCUCAUCUUUACACAAAUCUGGCUUUACACAAACGCAUCAUACCAGUAUUCUUUAGACUCUCUUCCCUCUUGCUUCUCUCCCUUUCCAUCACAAACCCAAACAAGAUCCACAAAAGCUAGUUCACUUCCCCGUUCCGCCACAAAGCUACAAGCCACUCAACCCCGGCCCUCACUUUUCAACCCACCCAACAAAACCCAGCUUGCUCCCCAUUUCCUCACCCACUCAUUCUCACUUCUAUACCAAAACCCGGAACCCCCCCACUCCCUCUCUGUCUGUACACAUGCACUCGAGACUGCUUCUCCUUCAAUGAGUUUGGCUUCUUUUCCAUCAUCUCGGGGGGUGAAUGGGUUGCAUGGUCUCUCAACUGGCGGCCAAGUUUGCCUUUUUUCCGCCGUCUCCGCCCACGUACCAGAUCAAGAAGCGCGACGAUGGAAAGCUCACCGUGGUGUCGUCGUCUUCACCGUCGAUUCCGAUUCCUCACGCUGAUGACAAUUCCUUGGACGUCUUGCUGAUUGACACUAAGCGUGGAAAUAAGAUUGUUGCUUUUUAUCUGAGGAACCCAUUGGCUCGCCUCACUCUGCUUUACUCUCAUGGCAAUGCUGCCGACCUUGGCCAGCUCUAUGACCUCUUUGUGCAGCUUAAAGUCAAUCUCAGAGUCAAUCUCAUAGGAUAUGACUAUUCUGGCUAUGGAGCCUCUGCUGGUAAGCCUAGUGAAUCCAAUACAUAUGCUGAUAUAGAAGCAGUAUAUCAGUGUCUUGAAACUGAGUAUGGAGUUAGCCAGGAAGACUUGAUCUUGUAUGGGCAGUCGGUGGGAAGUGGGCCAACGCUGCACUUGGCAGCUAAAUUGCCGAGGCUCAGAGCCGUAGUUCUGCAUAGUGCAAUUCUUUCUGGUCUUCGUGUUCUCUGCCAUGUCAAGUUCACAUUUUGCUUCGACAUUUAUGAGAACAUCAACAAAAUCAAGAAGGUUACGUGUCCUGUGCUGGUGAUACAUGGGACAGAGGAUGAUGUUGUCAAUGUGUUACAUGGCAAUGGGCUGUGGAAAAUGGCAAGGGAACCAUACGAGCCUCUGUGGAUUAAAGGAGGUGGGCACUGCAACUUGGAGCUUUACCCUGAUUACAUCCGCCAUCUUUGCAGAUUUAUCCAAGAGAUGGAGAACAUGACCACAGCAAUCCGCCUCAAAAAGAUUCGUCUACAAACAAGGUCCACAGUUUCUGUUAACUGGUGCUGUAAAAUUAAAAUCUGGAAACCGAAAUGCCCCAAUUGUUCAACAUCCAGCUGCAUAAAAUGUUCAUGGCGGCCCAAAUGCUCAGAAUGCUGGAGACCUAGCUGCCCAAGACCUAGCUGCCCAGAAUGCUGGAGACCUAGCUGCCCAGAAUGCUGGAGACCUAGCUGCCCAAGACCUAGCUGCCCAGAAUGCUGGAGACCUAGUUGCCCAGAAUGCUUGAGACCUAGCUGUCCAGAAUGCUCGAGACCUAGCUGUCCGGAAUGUUGGAGACCCAGAUGCAUAAAAUGUUGCUGGCGACCCAAAUGCCCAAAAUGUUUGAGACCAAGUUGCUGCAUGAAAUGUUUUUGUUGGCGAUGUUGCAUGGGAGCACAUGGUGGGCAAAAUGCAAAGGAGGAGGAUGGCUAAUUGGUGAUUAAUUUAUGUCCGUGUAUAGAUUGCAGAACUUGCUAACAUCCCUCUAAUCUUGUGCAGUAGCACACUAGCAUACGAGGUGGAAGUAAUCAUUGGAAAAACGAAAAGAAAUUUGAUAAUACUGGUUUAUUCUUCUUAAUCUUUUUACUUUAAGGGAUUAUAUUAUAUAUUUGUGUUGAUAA